AUGCCGGGGGAGGAGGAGGAGAGGGCCUUCCUAGCGGCCCGCGAGGAGCUGGCGAGCGCCCUGAGGAAGGAUUCCGGGCAGGUGUUUUCCCUGGAGCAACUCCAGCCGCUACUGGUCACGUCUUUACCGCCAGCAGCCCGUUACCUGCAGCUGGACGCCGCACGCCUGGUCCGCUGCAAUGCUCAUGGGGAGCCCCGAAACUACCUCAACACCCUGUCCACGGCCCUGAACAUCCUGGAGAAAUACGGCCGCAACCUCCUCAGCCCUCAGCGGCCCCGGUACUGGCGCGGGGUCAAGUUUAAUAACCCUGUCUUUCGCAGUACGGUGGAUGCUGUUCAGGGGGGCCGGGAUGUUCUGCGAUUAUACGGGUACACUGAGGAGCAGCCAGAUGGGUUGAGUUUCCCUGAGGGGCAGAAGGAGCCAGAUGAGCAUCAAGUUGCUACAGUCACACUGGAAGUACUGCUGCUUCGGACAGAGCUCAGCCUGUUGUUACAGAAUACUCACCCAAGACAACAAGCACUGGAGCAGCUGCUGGAAGAAAAGGUUGAAGAUGAUAUACUGAAGCUCUCCGAGUUUGCCCCCUUGCUGAGAGAGAUUGCUCCUGGCCCCCUCAACACGCCCUCUGCCCCAGGCUCCACUCCUGGUCCCUGCUUCCUUUGUGGCUCUGCGCCAGGCACCCUGCACUGUUCAACUUGUAAACAGGCCUUGUGCCCGGCUUGUGAUCGUCUAUUCCAUGGACACCCAUCCCGUGCCCAUCACCUCCGCCAGACCCUGCCUGGGGCCCCACAGACCACCUGCCUGACCCCCAGCUUACCUGCCUCAGCAUCACCACGGCCUCAGUCAGCCUCCUUGCUGGCCCUGGGAGACAGCUCUCUCGUGCUUCCCCUGAAAGCUUCCUCUGAUACUGCAAAUGCCCGUCUGCCCUGGCACUGUGCUGCCUGUGCCAUGCUAAAUGAAUCUUGGGCAGUGCUCUGUGUGGCCUGUGAUCGGCCCCGAGGCUGUAAGGGGUUGGGGCUGACAAUGGAGGGUUCCCAAGGAGCUGGGGGCCAAGAAUCUGAACUUGCACGGGGUCGGUGGGCCUGCCAAAGCUGCACCUUUGAGAAUGAGGCGGCAGCUGUGCUGUGUGCCAUAUGUGAGCGACCUCGGCUGGCUCAGCCUCCUAGCUUGGUGGUGGAUUCUCGGGAUACUGGCAUUUGCCUGCAGCCCCUUCAGCAGGGGGAUACUUUGCUCUCCUCUGCCCAGAGUUCAGUCUGGUACUGUAUCCACUGUACCUUCUGCAACUCUGGCCCUGGCUGGGUGUGUGCUAUGUGCAAUCGGACCAGCAGCCCCAUCCCAGUACCGCACGCCCCUCAGCCCCAGGCCAGCUCUUUGGAAGAGCAACUCCCUGAGCCAGGGCCUCCACGACGCCUCAGUGCCCCCCUGCCCAGUUCCUGUGGGGACCCUGAGAAGCAGCGUCAAGACAAGAUGCGUGAGGAAGGUCUCCAACUAGUGAUCAAGAUCCGGGAAGGGGAAGCUGCAGGUGCCUGUCCAGAGGAGGUUUUCUCGGCUCUACAGUACUCAGGCACUGAGGUGCCCCUGCAGUGGUUGCGCUCAGAGCUGCCCUACGUGCUGGAGAUGGUGGCCGAGCUGGCUGCACAGCAGGACCCGGGCCUGGGUGCCUUUUCCUGUCAGGAAGCCCGGAAAGCCUGGUUGGAUCGUCAUGGCAAUCUUGAUGAAGCUGUGGAAGAGUGUGUGAGGGCCCGGCGCAGGAAGGUGCAGGAGCUCCGGUCCCUGGGCUUUGGGCCUGAAGAGGGGUCUCUUCAAGCAUUGUUCCAACAUGGUGGUGAUGUGGCACGGGCCCUGACUGAGCUACAGCGCCAGCGCCUAGAGCCCUUCCAUCAGCGUCUCUGGGACAAGGGCCCUGAUCCCACCCCUUCCUGGGAUGGGCCAGACAAGCAGAGUCUGGUCAGACGGCUUUUGGCAGUCUAUGCGCUCCCCAGCUGGGGUCGGGCAGAAUUGGCACUGUCACUGCUGCAGGAGACACCCAGGAACUAUGAGCUGGGCGAUGUGGUGGAAGCUGUGAGGCACAGCCAGGACCGGGCCUUCCUGCGCCGCUUGCUGGCCCAGGAGUGUGCUGUGUGUGGCUGGACCCUGCCUCGCAACCGGAUGCAGGCCCUGACUUCCUGUGAGUGCACCAUCUGUCCUGACUGCUUUCGCCAGCACUUCACCAUCGCCUUGAAGGAGAAGCACAUCACAGACAUGGUGUGCCCUGCCUGUGGCCGCCCUGACCUCACCGAUGACACACAGUUGCUCAGCUACUUCUCUACCCUUGACAUUCAGCUUCGGGAGAGCCUGGAGCCAGAUGCCUAUGCACUAUUUCACAAGAAGCUGACUGAGGGUGUGCUGAUGCGAGACCCCAAGUUCUUGUGGUGUGCCCAAUGCUCCUUUGGCUUCAUAUAUGAACGAGAGCAGCUGGAGGCGACAUGUCCCCAGUGUCACCAGACCUUCUGUGUGCGCUGUAAGCGCCAGUGGGAGGAGCAGCACCGAGGCCGGAGCUGUGAGGAUUUCCAGAACUGGAAACGCACCAACGACCCAGAGUACCAGGCCCAGGGCCUGGCCAUGUAUCUUCAGGAGAACGGCAUUGAUUGCCCCAAGUGCAAGUUCUCGUACGCUCUGGCCCGAGGAGGCUGCAUGCACUUUCACUGCACCCAGUGCCGCCACCAGUUCUGCAGUGGCUGCUACAAUGCCUUUUACGCCAAGAAUAAAUGUCCAGACCCUAACUGCAGGGUGAAAAAGUCCCUACAUGGCCACCACCCACGAGACUGCCUCUUCUACCUGCGGGACUGGACUGCUCUCCGGCUCCAGAAGCUGCUACAGGACAAUAAUGUCAUGUUCAACACAGAGCCCCCAGCAGGAGCCCGGGCAGUUCCUGGUGGUGGCUGCCGAGUGAUGGAGCAGAAGGAGGUUCCUAAUGGGUUCCGGGAUGAAGCCUGUGGCAAGGAGACUCCAGCUGGCCAUGCUGGCCUCUGCCAGGCACACUACAAAGAGUAUCUUGUGAGUCUCAUCAAUGCCCACUCACUGGACCCAGCCACCCUGUAUGAGGUGGAGGAGCUGGAGACGGCUGCUGAGCGCUACCUGCAUGUGCGCCCUCAGCCAGCAGCUGGGGAAGAUGCCCCUGCCUACCACGCCCGCCUGUUACAGAAGCUGAUGGAAGAAGUGCCCUUGGGACAAAGUAUCCCUCGCAGGAGGAAGUAGCUGAGGGCAAGGAUCCUCAUGAAGGU